AUGAAGAUCGCUACAGGCCCAAUGGGUUAUGAAGUGGGGUCUCGAGAGAUCACAAUAGAGAUCACCAACCUGACAAAUGACUACUGCCUCUUCAACCCAAAGGUCUAUCUUGAGAGUGGUGAAACCUUCAAUCCACCUCAGCCCACAGUGCGCCCGCUCAAGACCGGAGUAUACACCUUCCCCAAGACCAGCGCUGAGGUCACCGGCAGCGUUGGGGUUAUGACCUACGACCUGUUCGAGCGAAGCAGAAAUGACUACAUUGAGACCCUGGCCGUCAUGUUUUCUGUCCCCUGGGACUACAAUCUGUAUAAGAAUUGGUUUGCAGUAGGCAUCUACCCAAAAGAAAAGGAGUGUGACCAGACCCUUUAUAAAGAAAUGUACUAUCAAAACAACCCACAGGGCUUUGUGAGGGAGGAGGCCAAUAGGUCAGACUUUAACCUUGAGGGAAAAUCUCUGGACAAAAGGGCCACCAUGUGUCCUUUAGGGGGGGCUAUCAUAAAACUGGAGGUGUGGGACAAGCUGCUGUCUCCUUUGAGAACAAAUAAACCAGUCUGCCAUUUUACCAAAUCAAAAUAA